AUGGAGAACGGAAACGGCGAGCACAAUGACCAGAGGGAGAAGCCUCUUCACGAGCUUCUGACCUCUCCGUUGGUCGACAUUUACGUCGGCCAGGACUCGACUCGCUGGUCUUUGCACGAGGAGCUCCUGUGCUACCACUCCCCGUUCUUCUCGUCCGUCUUCCGUGGCGACAACGGCAAGAAGAAAGAGACGAAAUCGCAGGACAACAAAACCUGUAGCCUCGAGGACGAGGAUGACUACCCAUUCGAGCUCCUCGUCGGCUGGCUAUACGCCAAGUACCUGCACACCCCAAAGACGGAGAAGGACAUCGGCCCGCUGCUGGACCUGUACCUGCUCUCGGAGAAGCUGCAGAUCAAGCAGCUCAGCACUGACGUGGUGGAGGCGGUCCGGGAGUUCUACCACAACACCUCCACCUACCCGGGCCUGCGGCGGGUGCAGUACAUCUACGCCGAGACGGACGAGGACAACGAGAUGCGCGAGAUGAUGGUCUCGUCGGUCGCGCGCCAGCUGACCACCAGCGACAAGAUCCCCGCCCACUGGGCGACUGCGCUGAAGCGUAACGGCCAGCUGGCCGUUGACAUCAUCCGCGCCAUCCAGCAGUGGCACAUUGAAGAACGCAGCAUCCCCGACGUGCGCGACGGGAGCCGGAUCCGAGGCCGCCUGCUCAACGGCAACGUCUUCAGUGCGGUUGAGCGCGCCGCCAAGUCGCACGAAACCGACCACACCAACGACGACAGCACGAACCUGGGGGUCGAGAGUCUGAAUAGCGGGCCGAGUGAUGCACCGAACGUCAAGAGCGACGCUGAAGAGCCAUUGCCAAAUCCACUCCCUCGACCACCGGAGCCGCGAACAAGCCCGCCGGACAAACGACCCGUGGAACCUGGAGGGGAAGGGGAGGAAGGAGGACGAACAGAAGAAGGAGACGGACAGGGAGCAGCGGAGCCACAAGCCGAGAAUGAAGGGGGAAUCGAAGCACAAAACGAUGAUGCCGCCGCCGCCGCCCGUGAUGAGGACGAGGACGAGGACGAGGACACUAAUGAAGAUAACGAACCCAUAUCCAAAAUCCAAAACGAAAACGAAAACGAAACAUCAAAUCCCUCUCAAUCGAGCGAUAACCACCACCAUCGGGACGAACAGGGCCCUGUCCCCGUCUCCCCUCGCGCGGAAGAACAGGAAGAGGAAGAAGACGAAGAAGAUGAAGAAGAAACAGAAGAGAAAGCCCCAGAAUCCCAACGGACAGAAGCAUAUUCAGUAUCGACAACCAGUAGUAGCGCCAGCAGCGCCAGCAGCAGCAAGAAGAUGGAUCCCCUGUCCGCGUAUUACAAGGCGUUGGUGAUGGACGCGUGGCGGUUCUCGUCGACGGGGAACCGGGCCGAGAGCAUGUUCCUGGCCUCGGCCUGGGCCGUGUAUCUGGUGUAUUUUUUCGGGUACGCCAUGGGGAAAAAUGUUUCGUGA